CAAAAGCUAGUCUGCUUCCAGAGCAGUUUUUAGUCCUUAAACUCUGACGGCGGCAAUUAGGUGGAGCUGGCUUUCCUGGAAUUGUAGCAUAGAUUUUCCUGUUGUGCUUCAAUAUCAACUGUCUCCAAGUUACGAACCCACUCACAGCGCUAAAAGCUUGGGAUUACUGCAAGUAGAGAAGGCCACUGUAUCUCUCUCGGCUUUUCAUUUUCUGACCAAGAAUCAGCGUGUUCACUUAUCAGCAAUGUUUCAGCUAAAACAUUCAGGUCGAAAUCCAUUGAUAGCUGAUUGGCUUCCCUGGAUUUUGCUGAUGACACAGGAAACCUUUGCUUGAAGAUGGAAACACUGGAGUCAGAACUGACCUGCCCUAUCUGUCUGGAGCUGUUUGAGGAUCCAUUGCUGCUGCCUUGUGCUCACAGUCUCUGUUUCAACUGUGCACACCGCAUCUUGGUCUCCCAGUGUGCUACCAACGAAUCAGUGGAAUCUAUCACCGCCUUCCAGUGCCCCACUUGUCGUUAUGUCAUCACCCUCAGUCAACGGGGUCUAGACGGACUGAAGCGCAACGUCACACUGCAGAAUAUUAUAGACAGAUUUCAGAAAGCUUCUGUGAGCGGGCCCAAUUCUCCCAGCGAAACUCGCCGAGAACGAGCUUUUGACAGCAACAGCAUGUCAUCGAGUGAAAAAGUUCUCUGCCAAUUCUGUGACCAAGAUCCUGCUCAGGAGGCAGUCAAGACCUGUGUAACUUGUGAGGUAUCCUAUUGUGAGGAGUGCCUAAAAACAACUCAUCCAAACAAGAAGCCAUUUACUGGACACCGUUUGAUUGAGCCUAUUCCUGACUCACAUAUCAGAGGAUUGAUGUGUCUGGAGCAUGAAGAUGAGAAAGUUAACAUGUAUUGUGUGACUGAUGACCAGUUAAUCUGUGCCUUGUGUAAACUGGUUGGGAGGCAUCGUGAUCACCAAGUGGCAGCUCUAAGUGAACGCUAUGACAAAUUAAAGCAAAAUUUAGAAAGUAAUCUUACCAGUCUUAUCAAAAGAAACACUGAACUGGAAACACUUUUGGCUAAAUUAAUUCAAACUUGUCAACAUGUAGAGGUGAAUGCGUCUCGACAAGAAUCCAAGCUGAUGGAAGAAUGUGACUUGCUUAUAGAAAUAAUCCAGCAAAGACGCCAGAUAAUUGGAACAAAAAUCAAGGAGGGGAAAGUUGGGAGACUGAGAAAACUGGCCCAGCAGAUAGCUAAUUGUAAGCAGUGCAUUGAACGCUCCACCUCUCUCAUCUCACAGGCUGAGCAAUCUUUGAAGGAGAAUGAUCAUGCACGCUUCUUGCAGUCGGCUAAAAAUAUAACUGAAAGAGUUGCCAUGGCAACUGCAUCUUCCCAGGUUUUAAUUCCCGAAAUUAACCUUAAUGACACUUUUGAUACAUUUGCACUGGAUUUUACCAGAGAAAAGAAACUGCUUGAAUGCCUUGAUUAUCUGACUGCUCCAAAUCCACCAACAAUUAGAGAAGAGCUUUGCACAGCUUCUUAUGACACAAUCACAGUUCACUGGACUUCAGAUGAUGAAUUCAGUGUGGUCUCCUAUGAGCUGCAGUAUACUAUCUUCACUGGACAAGCUAAUGUAGUUAGUCUGUGUAAUUCAGCCGACAGCUGGAUGAUUGUUCCAAAUAUCAAACAAAACCAUUACACAGUGCAUGGCCUGCAGAGUGGCACCAAGUACAUAUUUGUUGUUAAGGCCAUUAAUCAGGCUGGCAGCCGCAAUAGUGAACCUGGAAAGCUGAAGACAAAUAGUCAGCCGUUCAAACUGGAUCCCAAGUCUGCUCAUAGAAAGCUAAAAGUUUCUCACGAUAACUUGACUGUGGAGCGAGAUGAAACCUCUUCUAAGAAGAGCCACACCCCUGAGCGUUUUACCAGCCAAGGCAGCUAUGGGGUAGCUGGCAAUGUGUUUAUUGACAGUGGCCGUCAUUACUGGGAAGUGGUUAUCAGUGGAAGUACAUGGUAUGCCAUUGGUGUUUCUUAUAAGUCUGUACCAAAACAUGAGUGGAUUGGAAAGAAUUCUGCUUCUUGGGUUCUUUGUCGCUGCAACAAUACAUGGGUGGUGAGACAUAACAGCAAAGAAAUUCCAAUAGACCCUGCACCCCAUCUUCGCCGUGUUGGCAUUUUGCUAGACUAUGACAAUGGUUCUUUGGCCUUUUAUGAUGCCUUGAAUUCUCUACAUCUUUACACUUUUGAUAUUACAUUUUCACAGCCUGUGUGCCCAACAUUCACAGUCUGGAAUAAAUGUUUGACAAUAAUAACAGGCCUUCCAAUCCCGGAUCAUUUAGAUUUUAUUGAGCAGAUGCCAUGAUCAAUACUGAAUGAAGAUGGAUGAUUAAUGUCCUAUGGACCUCACAUAUACUUUUAAUGAACUUCGAUUGGAAAAGGGAAAUAUAUUUCAUACAAAAAAGAAGCCUUUACCUGUUUUCAGCCAACAGUCAAAACAGGAAGAUCUCCUUGGACAUUAGUAUUUGUUUUGUAUUAAAAGCAAGAUAUGGCUUUAAUAAUUUUUCAUAUUGUUUUUGUAUCUAGUCUCCUUCAGAAAACUUAUAAAUUAUUUAUAUUAAAAAAAACACCCUUCUUAUAGGAACCCCCAAUUUGGUAUUUGCAUCUGAGCACCUCAUAACAAAGACUUCUUUUUGCACAUGAAGAGCUGUGUCACAAAGGUUCCUACUAGAUGUCUCCAAUAAUUUUAUUUUAUAAUAGAGUUAUUUGGAAUUAUUUGAAAGAAGGAUACAAUACUUAUUCUUCAAUUUUGUUCUUAUGGUGCUUUCCUAGCAAUCACUUUUCACUCCAUGAAAUACCGCUUCAAUUUGGAGCGUAUUAAAUUAUACUUUAAUGUAUAAAGUCAGUGUCUGAACCAACCAGCAGUCAAUAUUAUUGAUAACAAUUUUCUUAAAUACUAAUUAUUCACCUCUGUCACCAUUAGGAAUAUGUAUUUUGUAUUUUUCUUUUUGGUUUCAGAAAACCAUCAACUAGAAUGAAACAACUAAGAUAGAUCUAAUGUUAUGUAUUAGAUAAAAGUAUCACUAAGAUCAAAUGAUGAUCAAUUUCUGAUGGUAUUGAUUUGGAUACAUAUCAUUGAAAAGGUACACAAAGCAGCCACAUAUGCAGUGCUAGGGAUAGGCAAUGUAAAACUUAUUUUAAGUUUAAAAACGAGAUUUUGUUAUGUUAUAGUAUAUCAAUAAAAAUAGUAAAAGAUGUCUGUUUUGUAAACAGUGCCGGAAAGAGCCAUACUUCACUGUAUCAUUCUGUGGGACUUUGAAGGGAUCCAGGGUUUCAGUUUUCCUCUUAAUUCAUUUCUUUUGAGGAAUAAGGUCUAUAGGAUCAAGUUUUUGAGGUCAUGAAUUUUUUUCAGCAAGAAUUCCAAAUGAAAAUACUUAAUUGUAAAAUCCUCACAUAAAGACUGAAAAUACUUUUACUU